UGUGAGUCUCGCGUCAACAGCAGGGAAUGAGCGUCGAUGUUUCUCCGGAGCGUGCUCGGCUGAGAUGCCGACAAAGCCGUCGAGGAUGCGGCCAGCGCCGAUCCCGUCUGCGAAUUGUUUGGGUCUCCGGUGAAACAGUCACGGAGAUUCAGCUGACCACGGAUGGGCCCAGGUUUGCGAAGCAGGCCAAGCUCUAUUUGCAGCAUGAGUGCGAUAUUCCUUGCGGCAAGCAGAAUUUCCUGCACGGGGAAGAGGUGAUUCACGAUGACACUGACUUACUGGAGCUGCCUGCUGCGAUGCUGACGCUGGUGGUCAUGCCGUACAUGGGGGGCUCUGAGCAACUGCUCUCCUAUGCGCGCCGCGGCCAUCUCGCCAAAGUGCAAUGGGCGCUCGAGGUGCCUCACGACCCCGACGUCACUGACCAGCUCGGAAGGACUCCGCUCUACAUGGCCGCCAGCCGGGGGCACUGGGAGGUGGUCCGUUUGCUCUGUGACAUGGGCGCCGAGCUGGACCGCACCUGCACGGAGCGGCGCACCGCGCUGUGCAGCGCGGCGCGGCGGGGCCAUUGGAAGGUGGUGCGGGUGCUCUGCUUCGUGGGCGCCAACAAGGACCUGGCAGAUCUGUGGGGCGCCAGCCCGCUGCUCCACGCCUGCCGAGCCGGCCACGUGGAGGCGGCGCGGCUCCUCUGCGGCGCCCGUGCCGAUGUGAAUCAGAGGGACUUGGCGGGCCACAGCCCCUUGAGCUGCGGUGGCGUGGACGUGGCGGGUUUGCUCUGCGAGCUCGGGACGCCGCGGUGCGCGCGGCGCGCGCGGCGCGCGCCGGGGAAGGCGUCCCAGCGCUCGCGGCUGCGGGGCAGCCUCUGCGCCUUCCGAGCCGAGACCGCCGAGACUUGCUCCACCCGAAGGGCGCGCCGCGACCUGCGCCACCUCCGCGCCUUCGUGUGACACAAAUGAGACUUGCUGCACUGACAUGAGAUGUUGAGCUUGAGCGGGCUUUCUUAUUGGCAAGUUUGCAUGCGAGCAUCGUGGGCUAAUUAGCGGCAGCGGGCCGGCAGGCCCAUUUUUUUCGGC